CCCAACCGCAAGGACCACCUGCCAAAAACAAAAUGGUCCAAUCCUCUUAUCAAUUUAUAUUAAUCAAAACAAUGAUUUCGAAUAUCGACCGAUAAAGAUUUUCCCAAUAAAGCUAAUCAGGAAAAAACAAACCACGACUCACCUUUGAUAAUUUAAUUCUUCGAGUAGCUAAACACUAGCCUAAUUUAUCGUGAUAUGUAGCCCAAGUCACCAAACUCUAACGCUCAGUUACAGACUUUACAUAGUUUACAUGUCUCCUUUCACAUGUUUGAUGAUUGGAUGGAUAUAUAAGUGAAAAGAAUAAUGCCUGUGUCAGAACCUCUGCUGUUUGAUUUGAAAGUCAACUUGAGUUUUCUUUUUUGUGUGUGUUCAUUUCUCCGAAUUUCCUUCUUCAUGUCUAAGCAUCUUCAAGCACUUCGUGCUUUUUUCUUUUAAAAUAAUCUUCCAUUCAAUGCCAAAGUCAUUUCUUAACCAUUUUUCCUCGAUCAGCUCCCAUUUGUUCUAGUGUUCUUUCUUCACUUUUGAGUUUUGAAUUUGAUCUUCUCACUUCAAAAACUCAAGCAUUUUUUUCCCCUCAUUUCCGAUCUUGCUGACAUCCAUUCUUCAUUUUUUUGUUUCUUUGAGAUUUUCCUUCUUCAUGGAGAGAUUACAUUUACAGGAACACAUCUACUACUACAUCCAUGAAUCCCAGAAUCAGGAGUCAGCAGCAUCAAGUGGUAAUCAACCUCCAUUGCAGCCAGUUUCUUCCAGCAAUGGUUUCCCAAUAUUGGCCAUUGCUGUAUUAGGCAUCAUGGCUGCAACUUUCUUAUUAGUCAGCUAUUACAUCUUUGUUACCAAAUGCUGUUUCAGCUGGCAACAACUCGACCCAUUAAGGCGGUUUUCUUUCCGGCGAACUAGGCCGGCUGAUCAGGACUUCUUGAUGGCCUAUUCUCCCAAUUUGGCGCAGAGAAGAGGCCUUGAUGAAGUGCUGAUCCGGGAAAUCCCCACAUUCAAGUAUCAAAGAAUUGAAGGGGAUGAAAACAGCAGCCAUUUUGAAUGUGUGGUUUGUUUGGCUGAGUUUCAAGAUCAAGAUAUGCUGAGACUUCUUCCCAAAUGCAGCCAUGCUUUCCAUCUGGAUUGUAUUGAUCUGUGGUUACAGAGCAAUACCAGUUGUCCUCUCUGCAGAACAAACAUUUCUGGGAGAACCCGGGUUCCGGUUGAUAUGCUUACCGCCCCGAAUUCUUCUCCACAAGAUCCUCAGCUAGCUUUCAUGAGGGGAGGAUUGAUGGGAAGUGAUGAAGAUUUUGUUGUGAUUGAUUUGACAACAGAGCAGGAAAGAACUCGGGCUAUAUUGCAGAGGCAGCAAGAAAGGAUUGACUCCAGCAGACAAUUGGCUCAAUCAAGAAGAUAUCAGUCCUCCAGAAAAUUUGACCUGAAAUUUAGCAAAGGGAAACCUAGGAAGUCCCAUCAUGCAUCUAUCAUGGGAGAUGAAUGCAUCAAUGUGGGAGCAAAAGAUGAUCAGUUCUCCAUAAAACCAAUCAGGAGAUCGUUUUCCAUGGAUUCAGCCGCCGACCGCCAUGUUUAUUUGUCAGUUCAAGAGAUAUUAAAGCAACAGAAGAACCUCAGUCCCGAGGUUAAAAACAGUGAAGAAUGCAACAGUAGCAGAAGCCAGAGAUCAAUCUUUUCAUUCGGAUACGGCAAAGGAUCUAAAAGGGCUGUUCUACCCAUUGAUCAAUUGUAGCAAAACAGAAAAAAUGAAUGAUACAUUUAUGUUUUUGCAUUGAUUACUGAUUAGUUCGAUUCUUACUGGCACUUUAAUUUCUUCAGGUCCAAUUCACCUAAAUUCUUAGCAUGUUAGGCAAUAUACAUUGAUUGUUUGUUUGUACCUUUGUAGCAUAGAAGAAGUAGAGAAUCAUUAGGUAAGAAAUGAUGUUACACGUAGCAAGAAACAGGUCUGGUCAGUAGUGGUAAUUUGUGCUGAAAAUGUAGGUUUAUUUAGGGGAAAAAAUGUGUGAAAUGAUUGUAAAACCAGUGACAAGAUAAGAUUUUUAUUGCUGGUGUGAGGUUCUUCCCUCAUGAAUGAAAAUGAUUGUGUUUCGACUUUCUUCAUUCUAGAACUAUCCCCGUGUUGAAAUACAUUGAUGAAGAAGAUAAAAUUUGAAGAGGUGUAAAACAGAAUUCAUGGCAGAGGCCCCCCAAAAGGACCCAUUUUCUCAAAAAACAUUGAGGAGAGAUAUGAUUAGAUAAACUGGAAGUGGAGGGUCUCUUUCAGGAAUCAUCAUGAUUGACUUUCUCACUUAGUGGUAUUGAAGAACAGAAGAAUAUUUGACAUAUGCAUAACUACAUGGUUUCGACAAGUUUCUGGGGCGUUUGUCGCGCCUAUUAUCAUGUGCUUCCCAAGGACCAAACCCAUCACAGAGGAUGAACAGUUGAAUACAGGCAGCUGCCAGAGGUGGUUCCGGACUUUUUCUUUUCUUCCCUCCAAAGACUUGUCCUUUGAUUAGGUUUUGCAAUUUGCAAUCUCUCAACCUGAUGUAGGUGUACAACCUGAUCUAUUUUUUCCGUAGACUGGUAUAACAUCACGUGU